ACUCCGUGCCCUUCUUUACCGACCGGUGUUCACGCGUGUCAAAAUGGCGAAAAAGAAAGUGGACGACAAAAAUAGUUUAAAUGGAAAUAAUACGAAGAACGAAAGUGAUUUAUCGUCAAAUGAUGAUGAUCCCAACUUUAGUGAUCCUGAGGGAUUCGUCGACAACAUCCCAGAAGAAGAACUCCUCGGUGACAUUUUAAAACAAAAACCGAAGGAAACGGAUGGUGUGGAGAGUGUGAUUGUUGUUGACGGUGUCCCACAAGUUGGUCCAGACCGUAUAGAAAAAUUGAAGUCUGUCAUUAAUAAAAUAUUCGUGAAGUUUGGAACCAUAGUCAAUGAGUAUUACCCUGUAAGCGAAAGCGGACACACGAAAGGCUACAUCUUUUUGGAAUAUUCUUCGCCAGUGAACGCCGCGGAAGCUGUAAAACUUACGAAUAAUUUCAAACUUGACAAGCAACACACCUUCCAAGUUAAUUUAUUUACGGACUUUAACAAAUAUGAGUCUAUUCCUGAGGACUGGGAGCCUCCAGAGCCGCUGCCGUAUGAGGGUCAAGGCGAUCUGCACCACUAUUUAUUGGAACCAGAUGCUUAUGAUCAGUUUGCAGUGGUCCUGGGGCAAGGUCAGUCUGUACAGAUUUGGCAGAAUACCCAACCCGAUCCAAGUUUAGUGGAGGAGAGACAUGCAUGGACACAUGCAUAUAUCAGGUGGUCACCCCUUGGUACGUACUUGGCAACUUUCCAUAAGCAAGGUAUAGCUCUUUGGGUUGGACAAAAAUUUACACAGUAUAAGAGAUAUGCUCAUGCCAAUGCACAGUUUAUUGAUUUUUCGCCGUGUGAGAAAUACUUGAUUACAUAUUCGCCUCAGGGAGAUCCAAACCAUCCAUCACAAAAGGGAAUCAUUAUUUGGGAUAUCAGGACCGGUCAGGAAAAACGCUCUUUUAAUCCCGAGGGCCCGUCUUCGUGGCCCAUCUUCCGCUGGUCUCACGACGACAAAUACUUCGGUCGCGUUGGCAACGACGUUCUCUCCAUCUACGAAACACCAUCUUUCGGUUUGUUGGAAAAGAAAUCCAUCAAAAUUAGCGGAAUUCGAGAUUUCAAUUGGUCCCCCACCGAUAACGUCGUCGCUUACUGGGUAGCCGAAGACAAAGACGUCCCCGCAAGCGUCACCCUUCUCGAAAUUCCAAAUCGGAACGAAAUCAGAAAGAAGAACUUGUUUAACGUAGCCGAUUGUAAGAUUCACUGGCAGAAGUCGGGCGACUACUUAUGCGUAAAGGUCGAUCGGUACUCGAAAGUAAGGAAAGAGAAAAACGAAACGAAAUAUUCCGGGAUGUAUUGUAAUUUCGAAAUCUUCCACAUGAGGGAGAAACAGAUUCCUGUAGAUAGCGUGGAGAGUAAAGAACCCAUACAGGCUUUCGCUUGGGAACCCGUAGGGUCGAAGUUUGCAGUGAUCCACGGAGAGUCGCCAAACAUUAACGUUAGUUUCUAUGAAGUAAGAGUAGGGCAGGCUCCUAUUCUUCUCAAGAAGUUCGAAAAGCGGGCUUGUAAUCAUCUGUUCUGGUCGCCCGGUGGGCAGUUUAUCGUGUUGGCGGGACUGGGAUCUAAUGGUGGAGGGUCGUUGGAAUUUGUCGAUACGCACGAAUUUUUGGUGAUGAAUACUACUGACCAUUUCCAAAUGUCUGACGUGGAAUGGGAUCCAACAGGGCGGUAUGUUACAACUGCUGUCUCCUAUUGGAAGACCAAAGUGGAUACUGGUUACUGGAUUUGGUCAUUCCAAGGUAAAAUUCUCAAACGGGUUAACUUGGAAAAAUUUGCUCAGUUGUUGUGGCGACCCCGCCUACCUACUCUUUUGUCGGACGAGAAACAAAAGGAGAUCAAAAAGAACCUGAAGAAGUAUUACCCACAGUUUGAAAGCAAGGAUAGGAUGAGGCAGUCCAAAGCUUCAAAGGAACUUAUCGAGAAACGUGCCGCGUUGAUGAAGGAGUUCAACGAGUACAGGAGUAAAAGAAUUAAGGAAUAUAACGAAAAUAAACAAAGGAGGCUUGAACUUAGAAACAAUAUCGAUACUGACGAAUUAGACGCUGAUCCGCAAAACGUAGAAGAGGAAAUCGUAGAAUUCUUUAUCAAAGAGGAAAUAACUGUUCUGGAUUAAGACAAUUGAGGUUGACGUGUUGUUCCUGUGUACACACUAAUCGUGCACAGGAAUUUGUGACUGUGAAUUUUAUAAAUAAACAACCAUAAAUAAGAAAAUAUUGCAUAUUUUGUUGUAUUUAAUAUUUCGUACUUGAUUAGGUUUCUGUUUAUCCAGUUUCAUUGUGUAAGUUGUUGGCUGCCAUUGUUUUAUAUUCCCUAUUUUAUUAGGUUGGUUAUUUUUUAACAUCUCAUGUUCAAUACUAAUCUCAACUGUCUGUUGAAUAACCAGAAAAUAAAUUUUCUUAUCAGACAA